CAUUAAACCUCAUUAACGCAACUCACAUUCCAAUAUACAAGAUGAGUUCCUCCAAUUGCAGAUUCUACGAGAACAAGUACCCCGAAGUGGAUGAGGUGGUCAUGGUUAAUGUCCAAGAAAUCGCCGAAAUGGGUGCCUACGUCAAAUUAUUAGAAUAUGACAAUAUCGAAGGUAUGGUGUUAUUAUCAGAAUUAUCCAGAAGACGUAUCAGAUCUAUCCAGAAAUUGAUCCGUGUCGGAAAGAACGAAGUCGCCGUUGUCUUGAGAGUUGACAAAGAAAAGGGAUACAUUGAUUUAUCAAAGAGAAGAGUUUCCGCUGAAGAUAUUGUCAAGUGUGAUGAGAGAUAUAACAAGUCCAAGGCUGUUCAUUCCAUUUUGAGACAUUGUGCUGAAAAGUUCUCCGUCUCUUUGGAGACCUUAUAUCAAACCGUUGGAUGGCCUUUGAGCAGAGUCUACGGUCACGCCUAUGACGCCUUCAAAGUAUCGAUCACUGACCCUUCCAUUUUUGACAAGAUUGAAUGUCCAUCUCAAGAUGUGUUAGAUGAAUUGAAGUUAUACAUUUCCAGAAGAUUGACCCCACAAGCCCAAAAGAUAAGAGCCGAUGUCGAAGUCUCUUGCUUCAGUUACGAAGGUAUCGAUGCCAUCAAGGAAGCUUUAAAAGCUGCAGAAGAACUCUCCACAGAACAAAUGCAAGUCAAGGCCAAGUUGGUGGCUGCCCCAUUGUAUGUUAUCUCCACACAAGCAUUAGAUAAAGCCCAAGGUAUUGCUUUAUUAGAGCAAGCCAUCGAAAAGAUCACUGAAACCAUCACUGCUAAGGGAGGUGCUUGCAAGGUCACUUUGGCUCCAAAGGCUGUCACUGCCAGUGAAGAUGCUGAAUUACAAGCAUUAUUGGAAAGAAAGGAAGCUGAGGAUAAGGAAUCUUCAGACGAGGAAGAGGAAGAUUAAUCGUAUAUAAUGCAUGUUCAUAGAUAAUUAGCUAGUGCAGCUAGCAGAAAUGUAGCAUAGCAACGAGCGUGGGCAA